UUUUCUCUACUACAUUAAUAAUUAAAAUCUGUAGUAGUCCAGAUAACUUAGAGGUGUACAUCUAAUUAUUUUGGAUAGUUGUAAUGAUGAGAUCAAAAUACUUUUUGCUCAGUUUUAAUUUUGAGGAUUAAUAGUAACAAAAAUGCAUUUUCAGUAUUUACUGAAGCAAUGGAUAUCUACUGAUGCUGUGUACGUUUGACUCACCAGUCUCUCAUUCUUAGAAAAGGACAUUUGUUUUACCAGAAGGACACUUCAAUCAAUAUUGUGUAACGGUACUCAAAGCAUACUGUUGUGUACUGUGCUGUCACUGUUUUAAAAGCAUUGUUGACUGCCUAUGUCCAGUUUGAACUGAAUGUACCUUUCACAAAUGCUGACAUCAUUUUGAACUAAUAGGGUAAAUCUUGAAAAAUGAAUUCAUUCUGUAGCUGCUCAUGCCUUAAUAAAAGUAUGCAAUGUAUUAAAGAUGUUUCUUAAACAUUUACUCAGAAGUACUAAGUAAAAAUAGAAGUAUUAACAUUUUAAUAAUUAGAAAUUACCUCAGUUGUUAUACUUGGAAAGAAGUAUUUAAUGAUGCCUGAAGUGUACUUCUGAAACUCCUAUUUUCAAAAUAAGGCUAAUGGUUUGGGAAAAUUUCAUUAAUAUUAAUUGUAUGAUUUAAUAACCUGUGACAGGCUCACUAACAGAGUACCAUAAGUAACAUAACUUUAGCAGAUCAAAUGCAGUUGCCUUCAUGAAUGUAAUGAUUCAGAUCUGUCUUCAUGUUUGACAUUUAUGCUCUAAGCCAGAACCUGAUAGUUUCAUGUUUCAAAUGCCUUUCCUGCUGUUCUGAUUCAUGUAGUAGUGAUUUCAGACACCCAUGGUCACUGAAAUUCUACCCUGUAAUCCAGAUGAUGGCACAGACAUUUUUCUUUUCUAGCUUACUCAUGUCCUAAUUCUCUGUCAUGCUUAUCUAUUUCAAUUCCCAUGUUUUUCUUGUUUUUGAAGUUGCCUUCCCAAGCACUGACCCCACUUUCCAGACAACUUUCCUCGUCUUGGUCACACAUUGAUCAAAAGAUUCUCCAGGCUGACUCUAGUGACUUGGUCUCAAGGACUGUUGGGUUUUCACCUUCACCAGUUCCAGAUAGUUUUCUUUGUGACUUAGAAGAACUCAAUUCUUUGGCAUUAGCAACCUCCCAAACUGUAGCAAUCUCCCCAGGUAAAAGCAUUCACCAUGUUAAGGAUGGUCACUUUAUGCCAAAUACAGAGGUGUUUCUCAGCUCUCCUACAGCUCUUCCUCUGUCCUUUCUUCUAUCUCCCUCUGUCUCAUCUUCAGCCAGCUUAUCUCAUGACAUAGCAUAUAAGCAUGCCAGCAACAAUACCAAGUCAGGAAAAGAUAAAGACUUAGAAGGCAUAAUUGACCCUUUAGUUAUUGAAGUACCUAGAGAUUUGUCAGAUACUACAAGAGAAGGUGAACAUGGCGCUAUCCAUAACAUCCCUUCGCCAUAUGAAGAAGGUUCCUUGUCCAGUGUGCUAGCUGGAAGUGCUGAAAAGGAAGAGGAAAUCUGUACUGCAGACCUAUCACUUAAUAGAGAGGAUCAGUCAGAACCUCAAGAAUCAGAUUGCUCUGGAGAAGCACAAGACACAACAGAAGAACUGACUAGACUGUAUAUAGAGGAGGAUCUGAUACAUGACAAUUUAGAAUUCCCAAUAGCAAGUGGAGAAGAUUCCGUGGAUUGUUAUGAAGGAUAUACUUCACCAGAUAUUGAUAAGGUAUUUUAAUUUCUGACAACCUUGACUUCUUGUGUUUAGAUAACUUACUAUAAUUAUUCUCUGCCUUGUAUUCACGUUUGUAUUGUGCACAGGCACACUUUUAUGUAACUGCAUUUGAUAAAAUUGAGCUCUGAGCAAGCUGAUGGAUCUUUGAGGUCCCUUCCCACCCAAACCAUUCUGUGAUUCUAUGAUUAAAAAUUGUCAUCAUUAGGGGGCAGCCCCUUUUCAGAAGGAGGCAUAUGCACCAUUGUAACUUCUAUGAUGUAUCAACUGUGCUGGUCCUUUCCCUCCUGUCCUUAUUGUUUGCCGAGGAGUUUCUGAUGUGAAAAGCCAGUGAGCCAUUUCCC